UACGACUCUCAUCCCAGAGCGUAGAAGCCGACGUCCAUUUUCUUUCUCAUCACAACAAAUGCGUCGUCGUGUCCGAGCGAAAAAUCCCCAUCAAGUUAUGUCGACGUUUCCCUAAUUAACCAUGGCAUCAGUAAGUGACGGCGAGGAUAUCGUCAGGGUCGAGGAGAAGGUUGGAGAAAAUAAGUCGAUCUCGAACCCUGCUCUGCACUGCGUGCCUCCUUUGCUGCCGGUCAAGAGUCUUAGUCAGUCCCUAAAUGCUUUAAGCUUCUCCCUCUCGAGGGAGGAGGUUGUCCAGAUCAUCAAGGAAGUAAAGAACGAGCAGGACGAUGGCAAGGAAAACGAGGCUACUCUCGGUGACAUCACGUGCGAAGGCUGUGCGCGUCAGCGUAGCGAGCCCACUGCAGCUUCCCUGACGAGAGAUUGUCGUGGCUCGCACGCGGGAAAGCAUCCUCCGUUCUUAGAGUACUCGCUCGCUAACCUGCAGCUGUCUCCUGCCAAAAAGAAACCAUUGUUGAGAAAGAGCAAACUCGCUGUCCUUGGUGUCAAGUACAGCUCGGAAGUGCGGAGUGGGAAUUCUUCGGGAGUCAUAUCCAGUUUAGUGAGUUCUUCCAAAGAUGCUUGUGGUGGUAAGGAUUUGCCCGAGGGCAAAAGGGUCUCCGAAACGUGCGAGGUCUCCAGUUUGCUAAAUGAUGUUUCUCCUUUGAAGAGAGGGAAAAAUUCUCUGAGUACUUUCGAAGUUCCUAAGUCGUGUGUGUUCGAGUCCCUUAACAAAAAGACGGUGUCGGAAGAUUUUGCGAGCGUGUCGCAAAGUAAUAACCUUUGUAGUGAUAUUAGAAGUAGUGUUCCGACCAAGAAGCUCGAGUUUUCGCCUCACGGAUGUAAGCACCGCGGACAGCCCAAGUCCCGGAGGGCCCUAUACAAGCGAAGAUGCCGGAGACAGUUGCCGGAAGGCGAGCUGCCAGAUCUGAAGAGUUUGUCGCUGUCGGAAAGCUCGGAAACUGCCGUCUACCGCUCGUGCUCACAGCAGGCCCGCAGUCCAGACUACGAGGACGUCACGAUGGACGAGUUGGCUGCGUACCUAGAUAAUUUUCUGUACCUCCCAAAGAAAAUGUCUCACAUGGCAGAAAUGAUGUAUACAUGAAAGCAUUUUAUACUUAGGUUACAGUCUAUACAUAUAUAUAUAUACUAUAUAUGAUUUAUAUAAUUGCAUCCUUAAUCUUUUGUAUUGAGUUUUUUCCUUUAAUUGUAAUCAUUUGUGUUACUUGGUGCUGGAAGUGUUAUGUUCAGCAUUUCUUUUUCAAUUGCCCCUUUGUUUUGUUUUGUUUCCUUAGAAUAAGCAUAUUUUCAAAUGCUAUUUAAGUCCCCCCCCCCAUAGUCUCACAGA